ACAUUAGGUACAAAAGUGUCAAAAGUGCAAGUAAUGUGAACAAACCUAAUGUUUCGAAUGUUUUACUAGGCGUGUCCAUUGUGAGUGAAUUGAUGCGCAAAGUAUUUUACAUAUUUUAUAUACAUAUUUUAGUGUCAAAUACAGUAGAUGGAUAUUACAUGCAUGUAGUUUUUACUGAGCUGAUACAAUUAUUAACAAGACAAAAUAAACAGGAGCAAGCUUAAUCAUUUGACAAAGUUGUAAAUAGUACUGUAUUAUUUAUUGCUUUGUUGAUUACAUGAUGUCUUCCAGAAAAAAUAUAUACUGUUAAGUGCAUAUUAAAUAUAUUUUGCAACACAAGGGGCCUAUAUAACAGAUUAAGUGUUUAAGUACUUCAUCAUUUUGGGUUAAGAUGCAUUAUGGAAAGAAGUCACCCAGCAUGGGAACACCAUCUGUGUAUUCCCAUGUAACUACUCGCAGCAGUGCGAAUCUGAGAUCAUCAAGGUCCGCACGUAGUGUCAAAAUUCCAUGGUAUCAGAAACCAAUACUCACACAUGCUUUUGUAUUGGAUAUUCAAAGAGGAGCUAUGUUUACUGCCAUAUUCUCAGCUUGUCUGGCUUUUUUUACGGUAUGUACAGCCAUCUUUGAUAUCUAUUGCCUCUCACAAGCUGCGCCUGGCUCUACGCACUAUGGAUAUUAUAUUAUAUCAUAUGAAUUUGUAUAUGUGGGCAAUCAACAUAUUCGAAAUGCUCUAAUUGUUUUUGCAUUAUUUUCAAUGUUGGGUGGAAUAGUUGUCUUUGUUACUUCUCUGAUGUUGAUCAGAGCUUUGCGAAAAGAAUAUGAGAAAAAAAUGGUACCAUGGCUAUACAGUUUCGCCAUAUUUUCUAUUUUUAGAUUACUCGCCUUCUUAUUCUUCAGCAUUGUAAACGAUAUGAUAUUUGCUUAUAAUGUUUUGAUGUGCCUUCUAUGGAUAGUAUUUAUCUGUGUUUCUAUAUAUGGUUGGCUCAUCGUGUAUUCUUUAUAUCUCGAAUUAUGCGAUCUAACAAGAUUAGAAGAUCUGGCUCAUCUUCGGAUUGGUACAAUGCAAUCUCUAAAUGCAUCGACAACACAUUCCAUCGCUGGAUCUCGACCAACAACUCCUCACAGCGCUGUAUCAACUAUGCCUGUUAAUUAAACAUGAUACAUGUAUGCAUUAUAAUUUUAUAUUUUAUAUUUACAAAUUUUCUCUAAUAUACGUUAA